CACUCUUUAGCUUUUUUUUCCUUUUUUCACAUGCCUUCACUUCACCAGAAGCUCUCUCAUUCUCUCUCACUCAUUCGCUCGCUCGCUCGCUUGCCCCAUCCUUCUCGCUCCAGGAUACACAUUCUUUCGAGCUCCUCAUCCCCCUCAUUCGUCUACUGUACUGCACCAUGCCUUCCGACGACGGGUGGCAUGAGGGUGAACAGGAGGAGGACAAGCAGGAGAAUACCUCUGAGGAACACAAGGAGAAGGGACAGCAAGAGCACGAAAAGGAUGAGCAGGGUCCACAGCGGCAGCGGAGGCAGCGGAAAAAGCCAUUGGAGCAGCCACAGCAGCAGGAGCAAGCUUCCCAAAUCACAGCUGAAGCUCUCACUCCCGCUCCGUCUUCUCCCCCUCCUCCUCUUCGUCCAACUAGAGGUCGUAAAAAAUCUAAAAAUCCCGGUGUGAAGUUUCGCGGUAUUUGCACUCCAACACCUCUUCCGGAGGAUGGUCCACAAUACACGGAAGAAGAUUAUCAGGAAGUGAUCAUGCAGGAUCUCGAACGCGGGGGCUUCUACGACUACAUCGCAUCUCGGACCGAGGAAACUUGUGUCCCCAUGCCACAGCCUCCAGUGGUCGAGACGUCGUAUGCGACGCUGCAUCGAGAAAAGAUCAAGAAGGAGCUCGAGGAUCUUGUGUUGCGGAAGACAUAUUAUCACAGGGUCGCGCCGAUCCGGGGAGCUGUUCAACGCAUGCCCAAAUGGAAAUACGACGAGAGAGACCUACAUGAGGCGCCAUCGGACAGGAGAGUGACUCACAAGGAGCUGCCAGAGUGGGUCGAAGAGAAGAAAAGGGAGCGAGAGCAGGAUGAUAUCGCGGCACGGCAGGAGGAGCUUGAUGGGAGUGGAUAUGCGGACUCGCCUGAGCCGACUGUUCGGUAUUCGCAAGCGUGCACGAACUGUCUCUUCCAAAACAAGGACUGUUCAGGACACCGACCCAAAUGCAACUAUUGCUACCACUCAUCACUUACUUGCUCUUACCCUGUCGAUGGUAUGCCCCUGGUGCCGGCGCACAUGUAUCGGAUUCUGAAGUAUGUAGAUUCUGGACCGAACGUCUGGCUGAGGUACAUCAGACAGACACCGAAAUGGUUUGCGAAACAAAUCAGGAGAUUGACGGUGUCCAAGGACGAGACACAGGAUGUUGGAUGGAAGAUUGGAUAUACAGGGAUGCCGAUCAUCGACAGGAAUCCCGCGGCGGGUGUCGACGUUUUGACAAAGAUAGAAUAUAGGCAGAAGGAACCCGAGAAUGAAUUUUAUGUGACGCGGACGCUUUAUGAGAAGGUUAGCAAGCACCGGAGGCGGGAUAUGAAGCGAGGGUGGUUUAAGUUGGAGCGAGCGAAUGAGGAGCAGUGGACGGUGGAGGCGCAAGUGGAGAGGAAGCAACCAGAAGAGGAGGACCAAGAGGAGGAGGAGGAGGAGGACCAAGAAGAGGAGAAGGCGGCGCCUGAAGAAGGACCAAAGGCAGCGUCUGAAGAGGGACCGAAGGCGGCUUCUGGAGAAGGCUUGGGGGCGAAGGCACGUCGUACAAUUGCACGUCCUUCUCGCAAGUUGACGUGGAUGGAGCGGAUUUUGAUUGACUCGAGUGAGUUGUCCUUGACCAAGGCCGACAGGAUAAAACGGAGGGGGCGCCGAAAGAAUAAUACCCAGCCCAAAUACCUCACCCCACAACAAACAAAAAAGAAUCGGCAGUACAAGAUGCUACUGACAUUGAACCAGCCGAGACAGGAGAGGCGGAUGGAGUAUGCCAUUCGCAAUAAGAUCCAACGCAAGGACAUCGGCAGCCGGAGAGAGGUGGUAUACCUCAAAUCCCACCAGUCGCAAAAUGCCAGCAUCAGCAACUGGCACGUCGAAACGUUCGAUCUGACGGUAGAGGGGAAAGAAAAGUCGCCUGAAGCCGAAGAACCCAAGGAGGAGAAGGUUGUGGAGCUGCCGAUUGGCGGUAAAAAGGUCAAAGGAAUGGUCCGGCCCAGCAAUUUCGUCUUGAGACGUUACAAAGGUCCGUCGUCUUCUAUAAUGGAGGAGUUUUCCAAAUUCGCAGAAGACUUUGACGAGGAUAAGGAAAUUUGGAACAGCCACAGGGUCCCAGAGUACAAGAAGAGGAUGGCCAAUACCUUUCGGCCGUGGAUUCCGGGUCCGGACGAAAUUAUCGAGCCUUCUGUCUGUGACCUCCCGACCACGCCGUUCCUUCAAGCCAUCCACCAUUAUGCCUCUUACUACUACACCCAUGUCAACCCCAGCCCAGACAUGUUUGAGGCGAUGGACUUGACUUCGCAUUUAGCGCUGGGGAUGAUUAUCCAGGAGCUGAUCGCAGAUUUUGCCACCAAGAUUAACAACGAGAUUUUGCCAGAGGAUGAUGACAUGGAUAGCGAUGAUGACGACGACGAUGACGAGAGCAAUCUUUCUGGAUAUGACUCGUACGAAGGCGAGGAAAUGGAGGCCGACGAAGGGACUGUCUCGGAGGCAUCUGUGGUCCUCGCGAGCACGGAUGAAGAGGAUGUGCAACAUGCCGAGGAAGACGAUGGGAGUGACGAUGAUAUGGACAGUAAUCGUAAUCAGGGCAUAAAACGGCAACACCUGAGCAAGGACGAUGACGGAGAUGGAGACGAUACCGACAGUGAUCAUGAUCUGAGUGUGAAUCAGCGUCAUCUGAGCGAGGACUUUGACAGCGAUUAUACGGACAACGACCGUGAUCAGGGUGUGAAGCGACGGCGUCUGAGUGAGGGCGGUGACAGCGAUGAAGAGCACGAUACCAAGCGUCAGUAUUUCGGAGGAGAUGCGAUUUCUGGCGCCGUUGUAUCGGACUCUGAAGAUGACUCGAACGUGUUAUCGGACUCUGACAUCAAGAAGAAGGAACUGGUCGACGAAUUCUCCGGAGGUGUAUUGACGACUUUGGAGAGAACCCGCUUGGGGAGGAUGUUUGAUCGACGUGGCGGCGAUGAGGAGGACGACGAAGAGGACGAGGAUGAGUUCGAGGAAAGGGGAGGGAACUCUCAGUUGGUGAUGGACGAUAUGGACAGCAGCGAGGACGAGAACAACAUUGUUGAGCCCUCCGAGUCCGAGUCCGAGGAGGAGGAGGAGGAGGAUUAGAUGGCUAGGCCGGACUAGACGACUUGUUUCGACUUGCUGGUGCGGAAGCAAAUAGACGCGACCCAUUCUUUACAAUCAUUGUAGCAUACACCUUGUACAUUUAGCAUGCGAAUAAAGAGCUUUCAUAAAUUUUUGCUCCGCAAC